AAAACGUAGUGUUCGUCAGUUAUCAGAUGAAGUAAAACUGAAGAACAAAAAAUUGAAGUUACUCCAACAAACAGCAAGACGUCAGAGUAAGAAAAUUGCUUCCUUGAAGUCUAUAAUUAAUAAUCUUCAGAAGAAAAAUCUAAUCAAUGAUGAAGCCACCAACACAUUAUUGGAAUCUUUUGUAUCAAAAUAUAAUGGAGGAACAUAUAGAUAUACAACAUAAAUAUAUUAAAAUUGAGACUGAUUGCAUUCAACAAUUAGUAAGUAAUGAUAUUCGUAUUAGAAAUGAGAUGGAAGACAACAAUGAAGAAGAAUUUACUGAUAUUGGAUACAAUAUUGACAAAAACAAACAUAAAAACACUCAUUUUUGGACUGUAAGUGUUAACAAAGAUACCAAUACAGUAAUUAAAACUGAACAAGACGAAAUGGUAUUUGAUGAUUGUACGUUUAAAAGCGAAAUGAAAAUUGAAAUUCCAAAAAGUCUAAAUAAAAUAAAGGCUCAUGUUAUCGAUCCAAUAGAAAAUUGUGACAAUCUUAAUCCUACUGUUGGUGGACAGACACACAAUCGUGAAAAGGAAUACCAGUGCAACAUAUGUAAAAAGAGUUUUCAAAAAAAAUACAAUUUAGAAGUUCACAAAUCACUUCAUGCAAAUAUCAAGAAGUUUAAUUGUAUUACUUGCGGUGAGCAGUUUUUUGAAUUGAAUGGUCUUAAAAGCCAUUUGAUAUCUCACAUAGACAGUAAAAUAAAAUUGCUUGAAAAUCAAUUUAUUCAAGAGUGUAAUGACGUUGGUAAUUGUAACAGUAAUUUAUGCAAUGACAUUACUAUGCUUGAUGAAUUGAAGACAAGUCAUUCUGAAGGCGAAGAUCCAAUUCAAAAAAGAACAAUAAACAAAGUUCAGUUAGAGUUUUCAGUAGAAAUAGAAAAUGUUUUAUUAAUCAAAGAUUGUAGUAUCAAUUCAAAUUUAACUGUUGAAAAUGCAGUUGAAUUCUUGUGCUCCAGUAAAUCGUAAACACAUUAGUUUGGAUCAAUCGAACACUGCAA